AUGGGAGAGCCAACCAUCGAAGACUCACCAGUCUAUGAGCAGCCGCCGCCUCUGACCUUUGAAGUUGUCAAAGGAGCAUCUAAGAGUGGCCAGCAGAAACUGUUUGACAGCUGCGGCUACUCGUAUUGUGUUAAACGGCGGAGGAAUACGAUCACAUACUGGCACUGUAGUUUCCGAGACAAGUCCAACCACUGUCUGGUGUCAGUGAUUCCUGAGGGCUUUACCGUUGUAGUCGAACACAACCAUGUGGGAGAAGUUGGGCUCCCAGAGACUGCUAAAUUGACUGCAAGAGAGAGAAAAGCCACCCGGAGCAGGUUAUCGUUGACUUCGAGAGCGCUGUGUAGGGAGUCAGUCUGGAGGUGUAGUUUCUGGGGUGUGCCUUCCACUGGAACAAGGCCCUUUGGAGAAAGGUUCAAGAGCUAG